AUGGAAAAUGAAGGCGUAGGCCACCAAGAAUGUCUUAUUGGUUGUUGGCCGCCCAACGGUGUGAGAAAGGAAAGUCUCCAGGCAUUCUAUUGGGUCAAUUAUUAUCUCUCUGAGCUCAUCUCUUUUCUUCCUCCUGAAAGUCCUGCAAAAGAAACAUCAGACGCCAUGAACAGUUGGGACUCAUUCUCUAAGCAUGAAACUCUCAACCAUGAGCUUGCCAUUCGAAGGUUUUGCCCUGCUCGACUGGAGCAAGAACAAGGAGUAUCAGAUCAAUGGAGUAUAGACACCGUAAAUGAUUCUGUGUUUUCUCUUCCUCAUGAUCAGUAUCAUCACGAUCACAAUUAUAUACAUCAAAAUGUAACAACUCAUGGUUUGCCUGCUUCUGAUGUCAAUGAAUUUGUUGAUAGCUUCAUUAACAUGGAUCAUCAUGAUGGCCAGUAUGAUGAUCAUGACCAUCAAAAUGAUGAUGAUGGUAACAAGUCCCUCCAGGUCAAGACCCAGUAUUUACUUGAUCAUCAUCAUGAUGAUCACCUUCACCAGCAAAAUUGGAGUGGAGAGAGUGAUUAUAAUAGGUAUUUUCCGAUGAUGAUGCCAGGAGGAGAUCAUGAAGUAGAUCUGUAUGGCUCUAGUGUGAGCCAUGGAGUAGAUCAAGGGCUUUACUUGGUUCAUUUAUUGUUGGCUUGUGCAGAGGCUGUUGGUUGUAGAGAUACAAAACUUGCUGACUCCAUACUUGCUCAAAUUUGGUCUUCAGCUACUCUGAUGGGAGAUUCGUUGCAGAGGGUUUCGUAUUGCUUCGCCAUGGGACUGAAAUCUAGGCUUUCACUUCUUCAAACUGUUACUGCAAAUGGUACUUUCACAAAUGGUGGUAACCAUGUUUGUUGGGUCACAAUGGAGGAGAAAAUGGAAGCUUUUCAUCUUCUUUACCAGACAACUCCUUUCAUUGCUUUUGGUUUCAUGGCUGCAAAUGAAGCUAUAUGUCAAGCAACACAAGGGAAAUAUUCUUUGCAUAUUAUUGAUCUAGGAAUGGAACAUACCCUUCAAUGGCCUUCACUCAUAAGGAAUCUGGCUUCAAGACCGGAGGGGCCACCAAAGAAACUCAAGAUCACAGCAAUAAUUAAUGAUCAAUAUCGAAUUGAGCUUGAAGGCAGCACAAAAUUGCUCGUGGAGGAAGCUAACUCUCUAGGAAUUCCUCUCGAGAUCUACAUGAUAUCAGAGCCAGCAACACCGACACUUAUGACUAGAGAAAAGCUCGGAUUGGAAGAAGGAGAAGCAUUACUUGUGAAUAGCAUUAUGCACUUGCAUAAGUAUGUGAAAGAGAGUAGAGGCUCUCUCAAGGCAAUUCUGCAAGCAAUUAAGAAACUAAGUCCAACAUUGCUUACUGUGGUAGAGCAAGAUGCAAACCAUAAUGGACCUUUUUUCUUAGGUAGAUUUCUUGAAUCUCUUCACUAUUAUUCGGCCAUCUUUGAUUCGUUGGAGGCUAGUCUACUGCGAAACAGUCCUCAAAGGAUGAAAAUAGAAAAGUAUCACUUUGCAGAGGAGAUUCGAAACAUUGUGGCUUAUGAAGGGUUGGAUAGGGUGGAAAGGCACGAACGGGCAGAUCAAUGGAGGAGGCAGCUUGGCCGAGCUGGGUAUCAAGUAAUGGGAUUGAAGUGUUUAAGCCAGGCGAGAAUGAUGUUGUCUGUCUAUGGAUGUGAUGGAUACACUUUGAGUUGUGAGAAGGGUUGCCUUCUCCUUGGGUGGAAAGGUAGGCCGAUAAUGUUGGCAUCUGCUUGGCAAGCAAACAACUCAUCAUCCUAG